GCGAACAGAGCAAAAAAGAAAAAAGAGAAAAAAAAAAAGUUUGCAGGAUUCGGGUUUGUCUUGUAAUUGUCAAAACCACAUACAAACCUCGAAUACCAGAAACAAGUUUUUGGCAAAUGGUGAAGCAGACGAGUGAUAAGCCGGCAGCGCAAAGCGAUUUGAAGUACAAAGGUGUCCGGAAGCGCAAGUGGGGCAAAUAUGUGUCCGAAAUUCGGCUACCCAAUAGCCGGGAGAGGAUUUGGUUGGGCUCGUAUGAUUCGGCCGAGAAGGCGGCGCGUGCUUUCGACGCGGCGCAGUUUUGCCUGCGUGGCCGCACGGCCAGGUUCAAUUUCCCCGAUAACCCGCCGGACAUCGCCGGUGGGCGCUCUCUCACCCCGCCUGAGAUUCAGGCGGCUGCGGCUCGGUUUGCCAACUCAGCCGAGCCACCGAGAAGCAGUAAUUCGGAUCGGUCGGCCACCGAGACGUUACCGACGGAGUCACCGUCACCGUCUCCUUCGGUUUCGGAGGGGACGGUCCAGAUGGAUAGCGAAUUGACAGCGGACACGCCGUUCUCGGAUUUGUUUCGGACAAUGGGUUCUGUCAAUGUCGGGUCGGAUUAUGGAAUAUUCCCAGGUUUUGAUGAUUUUACACACGAAUUAUACGCACAGCCUUUGCCUAGCUAUGAUUACGGAGAAGAAAAUUUUGACGGGAUCGUGCCUCAGGAUUCAUUCCUGUGGAAUUUCUAAAGAACACUCGGCUAAUAACAAGCCGUAGCCGAGUGGGGUCAGAGGCCCUGGACAGUUUUAGUUUCUGGAGCUACUGACUUGUGUUUUUUCGACCCGCCAAUAUUCAAUCCGGAUAUGGAUGGACCAAUUUUUGUACGGCCAUCUUUCCAAUCAUAAUUAAUUUGUUGGUAGGAGCAAAUUUUUUUUAAUUUUUUUUUGUGUCUGAAUCUACUAGAUAAUAUUCAAUUGUCCAGAACUUAAAAGUGUCAAAGUGUCAUGUCAUGUAUGUAAUUUUAGAUCACUCAUUUGAAUGAUUGUAAUGAAUAUUGGAGAAUAUACUACAUCCAUCUUGUAAUGAAGGGGAGACCCUACCUGAAAUUAUUAAAGUAUCUGCCUCUUUUGUGCA